ACCAUCUUCAUCUACACCUGCAUCUACGUACAUCUUCAUCUUCAUCUCCUUCCAUGUCUGCUGAACGUGAAAACGUCAAUUACUACCAUGAAACAGUACAAUUAAGGGAUGAUUAUAAAUAUGGAACCAAUAGUACUGCAACCGGUUUCUCAUUCUUUGGCACCGGUUCUGAUUCUAUCUACAUUAAUCCCAAGUUUUGCUCCAUAGCCAAUUCUUCUGCGGCUUCUCAUGAACCGCAAUGCUUUCAUCCUUCGUCUGCGUGCUUGAGCUUCGACCAGGUUUCGCGUGGAGGCUUUUCUGGGUUUUUCCCGCCUCCAUCUCCAGAAGCAUUUUCUCCAUUUAAAGACGAGCAAACGCCAGCUAUUCUAGGCGGCGAAGAUAAUAAGAACAGUACUGGGAUAGAGCGGGUUCAGCACAAGGAAUUAGAAGACGGAGGACAGAGCUUCAAGAAACUGAGCAAAUCAUUAAAGAAGAACGGAGAGGCACGGCAAAGAGAAGUGAGGUUCUCUUUCAUGACAAGGAGCCGAGUGGAUCUUCUAGAAGAUGGAUAUAGGUGGAGAAAAUAUGGACAGAAGGCUGUGAAGAACAGCCAUUUUCCAAGAAGCUACUAUCGGUGCACCGCUGAGAAGUGCAAUGUGAAGAAGCACGUAGAGAGAUCAUUGCAGGAUCCAUCAAUUGUGAUCACAACGUACCAAGGCCGGCAUAGCCAUCCGGCACUACCGACAUUCAGAGGAAACGCCACAGGCAGGUUGCCGCCGGCUUCUAUGGUGGCACCACCCCCGCUAGCGCAUGGGCCAAGCGCAAGCUGCUGGUUCCGUGAACGUGAAGACAAAGUUCAAAUGGCUCCCGUAUGGUACGACCAUGGUGGCAUGAUCAGCUCCCCCUCCCUCGCUAGCGGCCACAAAAAUAUUAUUUUAUUUCCAGUCGAAGAAGAAAACAUCAAAAUUUGAUUUUUUUUUUCCCAUAAUUUCAAUCGUAAUAAAUAUAAAAUAUAACUAUAAUUAUUUUUUUUUAUGUUAGGUAUAAAGUGUAAUGACUCGGUAUUCUGGUAAUUUUUAUGAUUUAUUGGAGAUUUGUGGAUUCUAGGAGUUUAAUGGAAAACAUCAAAUUUAUUGUA